AUGGUCAUUCUCUCGAUCCUCAACUUCAAACAUGGCUUCAGAUUGUGCAGCGCGGGGGAACCAGGUUAUUUGGACUUCGACAAUCUGCCGGAGACCAACUUCUCGUGUCGAGGCAAGGUGAUUGGCGGCUACUACGCGGACGUCGAGGCCGGCUGCCAGAUGUUUCACGUCUGCACGACCGGACAGAAAGAUGAGAUAAUGGAUAUAAAGUUUCUCUGCCUCAACGGGACCGUUUUUGACCAAGAAACCAGAGUCUGCGAGAGAGUCGAUGAAGUCGAUUGUAGCAAGAGCGAGCAAUUCUACUUCCUCAACCUCGAGCUUUAUGGAAGCCAUGCCGUAACUCUCAGUGGUAACGAAGAAGAAGAAGAAGAAAGAGAUGAAAAUGAAGAUGACGGAUCGACAGAGCCGAGAAGCGAUCAUCAACAGCAACAGCAUAUGACGUCGGUAAUACCUAGCACCUCGAGUUCAACAACCACGACUACUCCACAACCUAAUCAACCAUCAACGACCUCGGCAAACAAUAUUUAUCAGUCAAAUUCAGCAGGUUAUUCUCAACAUUACCAGCCAAGACCCGCAUUUCCUGCUGUACAAACCAGUCAAUCUAACACCCACUAUGAUGAUAAAAAUGGUGGAUAUCAUCAUCAGUACAUUUUCCACAGUGACGAAAGAAGCAACAAUAACAAUAAUCAAGCAACAUCGUAUCAGCUUUUCAGCAAUCAAGGAGUCAGUUCAACAACGCCAACUCCUCAAGUUCACCAGCAGGUUCGAUAUACUUCGAAUGCAAAUACACAGGUGAUUCAUAGCGAGCCAUCCACGGUGACACCUCUUCAAUAUCACGUACAGUCAACGUCUUCAACUAUUCAAACACUUUUGAACAGCAAUGCCAAUAACCCCUCUUUGAUAAACCCCUUAUUCCAUAACCAUGGAAUUUCAAGCACAACUGAACAAUUCAAUGUCCAUAAUAAUAGUCCACGUGAAAUUUCUGAAUAUCAAGAUAAUUCUGAGGAUGAACGUGAAGAGCAAGUUGAAAGAAAGGCUCUAGAGCCCGCCCAAUCAACAAAUCAAGGAAAGAACUCAAAGUUAAAAAUUUCUCCAGUUCCACAACAAGAAAAAAAUCCAUCAAUAAUUCAAACAAAGAGUAGUGGCCAAACAUCACAGCAGCAAAGAAUAUCUAUUAAUUACUUACCAACCCCAAACUCGAUUCAAUUAACAAUCAAUGCCUUUUAUCCCACUCAACGACCUACAUCACAAAAUCCGCAAAAAUCUUCAAACAAUCAACAAAUAACUCAACAUAUACAUGUUCCACCACCCCCUGCUAUUCCACAACUGAAACCUCAACAGAUAACAAUUAACUUACCCCCUCCAGAUAUUCAACGAAUCGUUCAAAAUCCAUCGCCACUUCUGCCGUCCCAAUCUCGUGUGAUAGUUACUGCAAAAGCUAGUGUAAGUGAUGAGUCUGGACGACCUUUAAAUGUUAGCCAACUAAUAACUCUUCCUAUCCCAACAAUACCAUCUAACUACGAUGAGUACAAAGAAGGUGAUGAAUCUUUUGACCCUUUUUAUCGUGAUGUGCCAAAAAUACGAAACGAUCAACGAAUAGUGAUAAGUAGAAAAGUUGGAACUGAAGGAAGAAAUUUAAGAAAGAAACGUUCUGCUGAUGUUGAAAUUGGGAAAGAAAAUCCGUCAUCUGAAGAAAUAAUAUUCAAUGCAGAAAUAAAAGAUAUCAAAGAUCUAAAAGCCAAUUUACCAAUAAUAAAAGCUAUCCUUUUUGGAUUACCUAUACCUGAAAACAGUAAUUCUACAUUCACGUCUGAGAAUAAAAAUAAUUCAAUUAAGAAUAUCGAUGAACUUACAGUAGAAAAAGAAACUGUAGCAAACACAGAAAUUUCAGUCCCUGUUAAAAAUGAAGAUAGUAGAUUUCCAAUAAUAAACGCACAUAGCAGGCCAAUAAUUGCUCGGCAGAAUUUAAACCGUGUAUUACGACGUAAUACUACACAUCAAGCAGCUUCAAAGCUGAAAGUUAAUGAAGACAUCCCCACUGAUGCAGAGCCAAAGGACACAGUACAGUUAUUUUUAAGUGCUGUUGAUGGCAAUAAUUCUUUAAUAAACAAUAGUGAUUUUACACAUCAAAGAAAUCAACUUAGUCACUCAAACGAAGCAAUUAAUCCAAAUAAUGUGUUAGACAACAGAGGACGAGAAUUUAUACAUACUCGUUCAUCUUUGAACUCAAAUACAUCAAAUCGUAAAAGAUAUCGGAAUGAUGAUUCAUUGGAAGUAUUUCAAAGAUAUUUCCCUCGUAGAAAUAUUCGCAUUCAAGCUAAACCAUAUAAAUAUUAUGAAGAUUAUGAUGCCAGUGAAAGUGUUGAGUUAGGUACGCGCCAAAGAUCUAACAGAUUAAGACAAAGACCGAAAGAAAGACGCAUUUACAGAGAUGAUUACAUAGAUUCUGAAGAUGUCAUUGAAGAUGUUGUUGAAGAUGGAGAUUAUGAUGAUGAAAUUAUUAACUUUAAUCGCAAAGGAACUAUACGAAGAGGUCCACAGGGUCGUAGAGUUUUAAGUAGGAGUCGGAAUCGUUAUUAUGAUUAUGAAGAUGAUAUUGAAGCUUUCGGGAAAUCCAGAUAUAGAACUAAUAAUCCAGUAUCUGGUAGGAACAGAAUAAAAAUCCCUUCUGAAUUACCUCAAAGUAGAAGGCGUCGACCAGAAUUGGAAAGAAGAAGAAAUGGAAGAAGGCGGCCUCUCAGUCGUUCACAGCCAAAUACUAAUGCAUUUAACGAGCCUACUGACAGAGAUAUUUCUGAUGAUUAUGUUGAUUACGCAGACUUGAGGCAUCAUAUAACUAGAAAUGGUUAUGCAAAUAGAAGAAACAGAAAUAGAUUUGAUACUAGACUUGAAUUGAUACCACGCAGGGAUUCUAAUCGCCGCGAUAAAAGCAGAAAAUUUGUUGAACAAGACCAAGAUGAAAUAGAAAUUACUAGUAAAAUUGAAGACUUAAAAUCUUAUUCUGAAAAUGAUAAGCCUACAGCAAUACCGGAUGAUGAGAACUUGAGAACCACAAAUAUCCCAACAGAAUACACGAUUCCUGAUGAUGUGUCUACAGAAGAUUACGACGAGUAUGGCAUAGAAAAUACAACAUUAAAAGUUGAUAACAUUGAAAGUACAGACUCUCAAGAAGAUAUAAAAACAACUACAGAAUAUGUUAACACAGAAGGUAUUUUAAAAUUCACAGAUGAAUUACCAUUGAUAGAUAAAAAAAAUGAUCAAGAAGAAAAACAAGAAAUUAUAAUCAAAAGUGGACACAGUGAGACCAGUACUACAAAUAUAGAAGAUUAUAUUGAUGAUAAUUAUGAACCUGAAAGCUACAUUGGACCUGAGAUCGAACAGAAAAUAAAAGAAGAAAACGAAGAAGAUUCUAAUAUACAUACAACUAAAGUUAACCACACUGAAGGAAUAAGAAAUACAAACGUCGAUACUAGUCCAAUACGUGCAGCAGAUAAGCAAGAAUAUGAUGAAGUAUAUGAAGAAAAGUUUGAAACUACUACUGCUGCACUUUCUGAAGAAUAUUAUGAUUCAGAUGUAACGUUGGAUGUGACCCUACCUCCUACAACUCUGAAUCCAAUUCCAAAGCCAACGACGUUAACAACUACUACUACAACAUCAGCUACAACUACGACAACUCCACUGGCAAUCACUUAUAUUGAUACAUUUAUAACUUCAUCGACUUCAUCAGUUCCAAAUACAUCAAGUACUGCAAGAAGUAAAACUACUACUAAAUUUGUUAAACCUACAGCUUUUCGGAAAAAUUAUAUUUAUAAUCCUACAAUAACAACGCCAAAUCCGGUAGUUAUAAGACGUGGCCAACCGUUAGGUGGUCCAAAACCAACUAAAUCACCUCCAACUUACAAUGAGCUAGCUCCUAAGCCAGUGAUUCGAAGGCUUCCUUUGUUAUCGAGAACUACCACGACAACAUCAGAAUCAUCGAUAUUAGAUGAAAAUAGCAAAAUAGAAGAGGACGUGUAUCGCAGUAAUGAUGAAAUUAGUUCAAUUUCUAGCACAGAAUCAAAACGCAACCCAAUAGUUAAUCCUGUAAGCAUUGAUCUAACUACUGUACCAACUGUAGCAACAAAAAUAGGCAAUAAAGCAACAACUAAAGAUACAAAGAUUGAUUUAGUAACAGAAAAUAUUAAUAAUCAGAUUCCAUUAGAAGAGACAACUACGUUGGCUGCGAUAGUAGAAAACGAAAAAAUUUUCGAUAAUGAAGUACGAAAACAGAGUUCGGAUUCUUACGAUGCAUAUUAUGUGCCAAAAAAAUUAGAAGAUUCAGUUGUUGACACAACAAAAGCAGAUAUUGAAUUGUCAACCUUAAGUCCUGAUUCUUUGGUAGAUGAAACAACGAAAAGUAAGGAUGAUUCCAGUCAUAAAGUUUUCAAAGCUCAAAAGACGACCGUGAGAACGUCGCAGUCAUCACCAACGAUUAGGCCAUCACAACGACGAAAACUGGAGCUAACAACCGUUAGAACUCAAAAUCAGAAAACAAGUCAAAGCCCAAAACAAGUUCCAGGCUUCAAUUGUCUAGAAAAAGAAAUGUAUAGUUUUUAUGGCGAUGUGCGAGACUGCCGCUUAUUCCAUUAUUGUUCACGAGGGUUUACAGCAAGGCAGGUUCUAGAUUUUCGAUUUGUAUGUGAAGAAGGCACGAUAUUUGACGAAGAAAGUCAGAGUUGUCGACAUGAUGUGCAGAACCCUAAGUGUAUAAAAAGAACUUGGUGA